UCUCGUCCGCCUCCGAUCUGCCACUCGGUUCCCAGGCACCGCCGGUCUUCGGCCACCCCUUAUCAUUAAAUCGGUAAAAUGAGCGAUCAAGGCUUGUCGGAUGAAGCAACGGCCGCAGCUUGCAAAGAUGGAGACCCGGUCACGAAGGACUUCAUGAUGCAGCAGACCAUGUUGCGUGUCAAGGAUCCUGUGAAAUCCUUGGACUUCUACACUAGAAUACUUGGCAUGACGCUCUUGCAGAAGUUUGACUUCCCCUCCAUGCGUUUCUCUCUAUUUUUCCUUGGCUAUGAGGACAAAAAAGAGGUUCCUACUGAUGUUAAGGAGAAAACAGCUUGGACCUUCUCCAGAAGAGCCACCAUUGAGCUGACACAUAACUGGGGAUCUGAGACCGAUGACAGCCAGAUUUAUCACAAUGGCAACUCGGAUCCUCGUGGGUUCGGACACAUUGGAAUUGCGGUUCCUGAUGUCUAUGCUGCCUGCAAACUUUUUCAGGAACAAGGAGUGACAUUUGUCAAGAAGCCAGAUGAUGGUAAAAUGAAAGGCUUGGCUUUCAUUCAGGACCCUGACGGUUAUUGGAUUGAGAUCUUGAGUCCCAACAACAUGGUCUCCAUUACCUCUUAGACAAUGAUGACAACGUGCCACCUGCUGCAGGACAGACUGAGACCAUGCCUGCUGUGGCUUCGUGGGGAGGGCAAAGCAUUGGAGACUAGCAAACAAAGCAGCACAAGUCGGGGAGUCGGGGGGGAAUAGUAACGGAGCAGGACCACCUCUACUUUGACUCAAGAUGGACUAAUGUUAGAUUGGUUGAUUUAACAAACAGGUUACACGACAGUCAUUGCUAAGCAUAGCGAUUUCUAUGUGUAACUGUUUAGGCUCAGUUUUGUUUGUGUCCACCUAUACUGAUACUGAAAUGACAUGCAGUCCUGCUCUGCAGUCACAACAGAAUGUCGCAGUUAAAAACAACUGGCUCAUGCAAUUUCUGCUCGUGUUUAGGGCCUGUAUGUAGUUUUAUUGCUAUUCUAGCACCAAUGUGCAGUACUUUUUUUUGCGCAAGAGAACUUCAUGCCAAAAAUGCAUGCUGCUAUUUGACAGGUAGAUACUUCCCUGUUUACUGAUAGACAUGCUGACCAUUUUCAGAAUCUGCCUUAUUUUAGCAUAAACCCAAAGUUCUUCCCUAAAAUAUCAACCAUUGAUUUAGGCCAAUGUGUUUUUAUUUAUUUCCCGACAGCGCGAAAAGUCGCAGCAAACCUUACAAAUAAAUUUUCAAAGUCCUUCUAGGUGUCUGUCGCUUGUAACUAGAAUGUCCACAUUUGGGGGGUUGUAUUUUGACGAUGUUCUCCUUCACAAAGUUGCCAUUUGAAUGUUAGUUUAUGGGAAAAAAAUUCAAAUAAACUGGUAAUGAAUCUGCUUUA